AUGGCGGAUCCUGUCGGUUUCACAGCAAGCGUAAUUGGUAUUGCAACACUAGCGGUACAACUUGGGGAUGCCCUGAGGAAGGCAGCUGAAUUCUGGGAAGCUGUUCAGGAUGCUCCUUCAGACAUUCGCCGCUUGUCUAAAGAGCUUCGACUUGUGGCUAGCGUCUUUCAUACAAUUCAAAUUGAAUAUGAAACUGGUAGCACACCUACAAAUUUCGAAAGCAUGGUCAAGGACGCCCUCGAAUUAGCAAAGGACGAUAUUGAUCAACUCUCAGAGUUUAUCUCAGAGUUGUCGCGAAAUCUAUCCGUUUCCAAUGGGAGUCUCGGUAGGCAAUGGAGAAAAGUUCAGAUGGUCUUGAAAGCGAGCAAGAUAGAAAGGUUUAGGGAUAACCUUGAGAGCGUUAAGACCACUAUGGCCCUACUUCAGGGAAGCAGACAACAGGCAUCUUUGAUUCAAGUCAGCAGCAGGCUCGAUGUGCUAAGUACGAAUAUCAGCUCUAUAGCUACAACAAACUCGACCCACCAAAUUGCGCUUCAAGCAUCACAAGAAAUGACACAAAGUAGCUUUGUUCCCUCCAGUGGAUGGAAAGAUUCUGCUGGUAGUGUUUCUAGGUCUUUUGAUCAAUACAAGACGAGUUUCUUACUAGGCACUCUCAAUUUCCGAACUAUUUCCACCACUCACCGAUAUAGCGAUGACGAUGGCACAGACGAUGCCGACAAUUCGACAACCACCAAGACUUUCCUGAUUGAACUUUUCAUGGGAUUUACGACAUGUCGAAAAAGGUUCAGAUUCAUGAUGAGUAGUAAUUUUGAUCAGUAUGCACUUGACGUUGUUCGGCGUCGACCAAACAACUCGGAAAUCUUUCGACUCUGUAAACGUGGCAAUGUUCAAGGUGUGAAGAAGUUACUGGAUCGUGGCGAAGCAUCUAUUCAUGAUAUCAACGAGAAAGGAGAGUCUCUUCUACAUAAAGCUGUCUUCGCUGCUGACACGCAGCUUUGCACGAUGCUCCUUGAUCUUGGAGCAGACGUAUACUGGGAGGAUGAUUAUGGCAUUGUGCCAAUAUCGAGAGCAUUGGCAUUGACUUCUUUUGCUGCCAUAUCUGAAGCUGGGUAUGAUUUAUGGCCGUUAUGUACAUUGAGCUCAGGUCUGCCUUUUUACAAUAUUUUAAAUAUUUCCAUAUGGCGUUAUGUAUUCCAGCAUAAACCAGCCGGAUCAAUCGGAAGGCAUUGGUCUGUGGCGGUAUUAUGGAGUCUCAAUGGGGCAAGAGAUGCCGAAGUCGUCGAUUUUUUGGCUGCCAGGGUUGCGGAAGAGCUAUUCCAAUUCAAAAUUUUCACUCCAUCCAAAUCUGGGAAGUUCUUGGAACGAAUUAUACUUCAAUUUAUAGACAGAUGGCUCGGAUCAUUAUUCCGUCUUUGGUUCUAUGGAGAAGACAAGCAUAGAGUGUUUUUAUUCGAGUACAAGCUCUUCGUCAUUCUGGAGCGAAUAUAUAUACCCUGGGUUUUACGCAACUCAAAUGAAGAGCUUCUCUCGUGCAUCACUACUGGGAUAUACAUGGAUGGAGUUGUAAAAAUCAUAAAAGCGUGCAAUUGGAGUAUGGAAAUCACUAAUGCGAUCUUUCGAAUAUGGUCCCAACCCUUCCUUGAGUUAGGAAUAGAUCUCAUUUCUCACCAUCCAUGUACUAUACGUGGCAAUGGUGAGAAUAAUGAUGGGGAGGAUAGUGAUUGGGAGGAUAGUGAUGGGGAGGAUAAUGAUGGGGAAGACGGCGACAAAGGGGAGAAUAGCGACGGGGAGGACAGUGAUAGUGAGGAUAGUGAUGGGGAAGACAGCGACAAAGAGAGCACCGCAAAUCCUGCAUUAAGAUGGCAUGUGAUCGAUUGUUGCAGAGAUAUAUGUUGUGAAAUUACUCACGAAGAUCAGCUGGACAACCUUUCACUCAACAUAACCCGUUUCACUCGACCUGAAUACUCACAUCUUGAUCCCCAAUUCUUAUGCGAAGCUGGUCGAAUGCGCGGUGAUCUGACUGGUGCAGGUCGAUGCCUCUCACGAACCGAUGAAGCUUUCAUCAAAGAUGGAAAGUUCUCCAUGGACGUUCCAGGACAAUGGGAAGAGCCACCGGUUCCAAACACGACAAUGGGGCUCGUUCUACAUUCGAUAACUUUUGAGCUCCCUCAAAUUCGUUAUAGCAUGAUUCAUGGCCCAGAAUCUGAUUAUUAUAAAGCUAUCACCGAGGAAGAUAUACAACAAAUUGAGCAAGAUUUGCGAAAUGGUACUUUGUAUGGCUUAAGCGAGGAUUUACCUGAAACGUCCAGGAAAGAGUGA